AUGAAACUGAUCAAAUGGCUCACUUUAGCAGGUCUAGCUGGCCUGGCUACAUCCAAAGAUACUUAUUCUCACGAAGACUAUGUUGUGAUUGCGUGCAAGUCAGCAGUUGAGGCCACUGCUACUUUUUGCGAAGGUAAGAGCAAGGGAUACGAUUGUGCUUGUUCCAAUCCUGCAGAGUUGGGUUCAUGGAUCUCCUGUGUUUAUAAUAAUACUGGGAAGUAUGACCCUGCUGCCGACAAUGCUCUGGUGGAUUUCUGCAACAAAUAUAAAUUUACCGUUGAUAGUAUUCAUUCCGCCUACGAAAAUGCUACCAAGUAUAUGGUCAACAUUAGCAACGUCAAGGGUUUUAAGAAAAAAACUAUGAUCAACUACCCCAUCACCGGUGGUAACUUGACCAAGAACUACCAGGGCUACUAUUGGGGUAACUUUCAUCGAUGGAAUAAUGUGGCAGUGUCCCACUACCUUGGUAUUGCAUCACUAUCUGCUUGGGCAUUGCUGAUAGUUGUAUGUGCAUUCAUCAAUUGGUCGCUUGUCCUGCUACCAUCUUUGAGAAGAAAGCUGGUAGGCCCUGCUACUAAUUUCUGGAGAAAACACAUUGCACUGCCGGCAGUUUUUGGAGGUAGGCAUAUGGAGAACUUUGGAUUGUUGGGACUAUUCCCUGAUAGAUUCGAGUCAAUUGUUCUUUCCAUAUUCUUCAUCUAUUCCUUUUUGGCAAAUGCUAUUCUUGGCUUCACCUACUAUGAAGGCGAUUUGGUUUUCAAGACAAAGUCUACCGCAUACGCAAGAUACAUCGGCGAUAGGUCUGCUAUUCUGCUUUCUUACUUGGUCCCUCUGCUCUUUGGAUUCCCCGGAAGAAAUAAUAUCAUGCAGUGGGUCACCAGGUGGCCGUAUUCCAGGUUUGUCACUUUCCACAAAGGGCUUGGUAGAAUAUUGGGCUUGGAAGUGCUUGUGCACUCUAUUGCCAUGACUAUCCAAUCUUUUGCUCUUGGAAAAUGGCACACCAGAAUCCAUGCAGUUUACUUCCAACAUGGCAUUGCAGCAACCGUGUGCUGUUGGGUGGCUAUGGGUUUUGCUGCCUACGGAGUGAGAAGAUAUUGGUAUGAGCUAUUCCUUGUCAGCCACAUCGUUUUGAUAGCCAUGUUCCUGUGGACUGCCUGGUUGCAUGCUGCUUCCCAAGAUUACGGCAAGUACUAUUACGCUUGUGCUGCAAUCUGGUGUUUUGAUAGAGCUGUCAGAAUUGCCAGAGUUGUACUAUUUGGGGUUAGAACUGCUAAAUGCGAAAUUCUCGAGAAGGAAGGAACCAUCAAACUCUCAGUUCCUUAUCCAAAGAGCUAUUGGAAGCCUUCUCCAGCAGCCCAUGGAUUUGUCUACUUUUUGACUCCAAGAACAUUCUGGCAAUCUCACCCUUUCACCUUAAUUGACUCUAUCACAGACAAAAGCCACAUUCAUUUCUACUGCAAAAUUAAAGGCGGCGUUACCAAGCUCAUGGGUCAUAAAGUUAAAAAUCACGGCCAUAAUGUUUUCAAUGUCAAAGUCCUUGUUGAAGGCCCCUACGGUUUGAGAAACCCAUACCAUCAGUACGACAAGGCUGUUCUGAUUGCUGGUGGUAACGGUAUCCCAGGCCCAUUUUCCUACGCAUUGGACCUUGUGUCUAGAGAAGUCAAGACAGAGGUAAAACUCUACUGGGCAGUGAGAGAAUACAACUCCUUGAACUGGUUCAAGGAGGAGCUCAUGCAAUUCAAGGGCACCAAUUGCAGACCUAUCAUUUAUGUCUCCAAUCCCAAUUCUAGCAUAGCCGAAGUCGAUACUGACAUGAUCUCCAGUUCUGGUAGCUCUGUGGAGUUUUCUGAAGAAAAGAAUUCGGAAAGAGAGAAGAUUUCCGAGCAAACCCUUACGCUGGAAAGUUUGCAACAAGCCUUUGACUAUGUCGAAUUUAGACGGGGAAGAAUCGACAUCGACCAGCUCGUACAAGAAGAAAUUUCCAAUAGUACUGGAUCCGUUGCUUUCGGUAUCUGUGCCCACCCUAAUAUGACCGAUAACGUCAGAGCUGCCGUCAUCAAAAACUUAGACAACAAAAAGAGGAUUGACUACUUCGAAGAGAUGCAAACCUGGUGAGCAUUAUACAGAUAUUUUUCGAAGCAGAUUUAUAUAUUUUGUCAGAUGUAGCAAAUAGUUUGCUACUACGUUUUGAGUACACUUCACUCCAAUUUAACAUCGUAAGGAUCGGCCUCCUCAUCUUGAUCCACCAAGUUGCCCCUUCUUUUUUGGUCCUCCUCCAGCACUUCGAAAAGUCCCUUGAAGUUGCCAGCACCGAAUCCAUUGUGGUUAUGUCUUUGGAUAACUUCAAAGAAAAACGUGGGCCUAUCAAACACUGACCGCGUGAAAAGCUGCAAUAAGUAUCCAUCCUCGUCAAAGUCAACGAGAAUGCCAAGUUGCCUGAUUUUUUCCAUGCUUUCCUUAAACUCUGGAUGCUUGCUUUCCUUCAAUCUUUUCUCCAGGUUUUGAUAAUACCGAUCAGGAACAUCAAUGAAUUCAACACCUCGUGCUCUAAGGGCCUCAACGGUACUUAGAAUAUCAUCCACCUUCAAAGCAACGUGCUGAAUCCCCGGACCGCCAUAGAAUUCCAAGAAUUCCUCGAUUUGCGACUUUUUUAGGCCUUUAGCUGGCUCGUUCACUGGCAUUUUAAUUUUCUCGGACGGUGACGCCAUUACUGUGGACUUGAGGGCAGAAAAGGCUGUAUAAACCUGCUUGUCAUCCACAGACCAGAAUUUGUGGAAGCCAAAGAUCUUUUUAUACAUUUCGCAUGACUUGACCAUCUUGUUCCAACCUAGAUUCUGAACGCAGUGAUCAAUUACGUCAAACUUCACCUCUGUUGCAGAAUUGUUCUCCAAAUUGUCGAGCUGGUAGCCACCAGGGAGAAAACCGGAAUAAGAACUCCGAUCAACUAGCGUAUGAGUUGUGUCUCCGAUUACUCCAACCCUGGAAAUAGUAAUCGAACCAUGCUCGUCCUUGUAAGUGGUGGGCUCUAGCACUGAGGUUGCGCCACCCUCCAAGGCUCUUUUGUGAACCUGUUCCACAUUACUGACCUGGAACGCAACAUCCUUGACUGCAUCUCCAUGUGUAGUAGUGUGGUGAUGGAUUUCUUGGAUGAACUUCAUGUCUUCUUCAGAAAGGCCUCUCGAUUUUGGUGGUCUGAGACAGCUCACAAACUGAAUAAUGACACCUCCAUUACGGACAACACGGACGUUGGUAAUACGAGACCCGGUUUCGAGGCCUUUGUGACAGUAAGGGGUGAAGCCAUACACGUGGAUAAAAUGUUCUGCCAUGAUAUCGGCCGAGUUCACAUAGCACGUGAUAUGGUCGUAGCCUCCGAAAACACCAUCUUCAGCGCCAUUCUCCUGGACUGUUUCAAUUUCCGUGUCAGUAGCAAUCUCCCGCUCACGUGAGAGAGUGUCUUGAUUGACUUUUUCUGUGUUGGCGGAAAAGGGUGUAGUCUCUAUAGUCAUCUUUGAAAUCGAGCAAUGGAAUUUCAAUUACUUCCAGGUAGGUUUUUAUAAGAUCUGGAGCUCUCAAAACGAUGUUCUACUUCAGUGAAGUCGCAUGAUUUCGAAGCAUUUCGG